AGGGGCUCGUUCAUCUGUGCAGAAAGCUGAGAGUCAGAGUCGCGAGUGAAGAGGGACUCAUAAGUUAUCAGCAUCGGAGGAGCUUCACCAACAAGCCCAUCUGAGCAGGUUUCCAGGCGGACGCACCGCUGAGGAAGAGGAAAGAAAGACAAGCGGGAGGAUGCUGAUCGGAGCUGAGCCGGGAGCUGCAGCUUCACCUCAUCAGCGCAGACACGGGAUGCUCCUGUAACUUUUAAUGUGUUGAAGUUCUGUUUGUUGCUCUCCUCUGUCCGGGUUUGGUUUAAGUGCCGCUUGCCUGCCAUGCUCGGUCCCACAGUCCACAUUGCGCUCCUUCUGUGCGCCUUCCUCCAGCUGUUCUCCCUGCCCGGCGGACAGGUGCCGACCUGCCAGGAGGUGCGCACAGUGUUUCAGUCUCUGCAUCCGGGCUCCAAGUGGGUCCCCGAAACCCCGGUGUCAGGUGCGGAUCUCCAGGUUUGCCAAACCAAAGGCCCGACCUGCUGUUCCAAGAAAAUGGAGGAGCGGUAUCAGGUAGCUGCACGCAGCAACAUGGAGUCUGGUCUGCAGGUUGUCAGUGCUCACCUCAAACGUCUUAUCAUCCAGAACGCCGCCAUAUUCCAAGAAGCCUUUGAUCUGGUGCUGCGUCACGGCCGUAACUCCACCUUGGCCAUGCUAAAGUCAGAUUACCCAGGUCUCGGAGGUGGAGCCCAGAGCUCCGUGGGGCAGCUCUUCCUGGACAUGUCGCUCUACAUCCUGGGCUCAGACUCCACUGUGGACCACAUGGUGGCGGUGCUCUACGGUCGCCUCUUCCCCCUGGCCUACCGCCACCUGCUGGGCGGCAGCAGUUCCUCUGUGUCUGAGGAGUGUGUAAGAGGAGCCUGGAAGGAGUCAGGAGCAUUUGGCUCUUAUCCCAAACUGAUGAUGACCCGUCUGUCUCGUUCUCUCCUGGCCACACGAGUCUUCCUGCAGGCACUGAACCUGGGUAUCGAGGUUGUCAACACCACCGACCACCUGCGGCCCAGCCGGGACUGUAGCCGGGCCCUGCUGAGGUUGUGGUACUGCCCGCACUGCCAGGGCAUGCUGGGGCCGCCAGCCUGCAGAGGCUUCUGUCAGGCGGUGAUGCAAGGCUGCCUGGGGGGAGCGGCUGAGGUGCAGCCUCACUGGCGGACCUACGUAGACGGACUGGGGAAGCUGGCUGGUGCCAUGAGGGGAGAACAGGACAUGGAGGCUGUUGUUCUUAGACUGCCUUCAAUGAUCAAACUGGCCCUGAAGCACGCUGUGAACGCUCGCACCCGCCUCACCACCCUGGUAAGCGGGAUGUGUGGACACACUCCUCAGCGGGCCUCUCGCUCAGUCGGAUCCCCCCCUCCCCAGCCUCCCGCUGCCUCUGCAGCCCGCAACACUCAGCCCUCAUCCUUGGACUCUGAUGAGACUUUAGCCGGCCUCCGCAGGGAGUUCAUUUCCAACCUAAAGGGCUUCAGCUCCUUCUACAGUGGUCUUGGGGAGGCGCUGUGCAGCCAUGAGCCUGCUCCAGCGAACCACUCCCUCUGCUGGAAUGGGCAGGAGAUGACAGACAGGUUUCCUGGGCCUGGCCUGAAGCGAGCGCACCCCGGCUCAGAGUCCCGAAGCAACAAGCCCCCUGAGCCAAUCAUCAGCCAGAUCAUAGACAAACUCAAACACAUCAACCAGUUGCUGCGGCUGGUAACGGUAUCUGAGAAGCGCUGGAGAGCCCGGUCGCGGGGAGUUGGAGCAGACGGGUGGAGCGAUGAGGAGGAAGAGGGAUUUGUGAGCGGUGACUGUGACGAUGAGGAUGAGUGCACCGGAGUGUCAGGACUGGGGCCGCCACCGAGACGCAAACGGUUACGCAUCUUUGCAGACCUGGCUGACAACCUUGCGAUGGACGACUUCACCUUCCAGGAGCAGCUGCUGACCCCUCGCUUAGCCACAGCCGGGGUCGGAGGCGUCUCCUCACCUGCGGCGCCUCUGUGGAGGAGUUAUCUGGUCCUGAUGCUUCCUGUGACGCUUUCCCUGCUAAUGCUUUGUCACCACUGACCAGUGCACUCUCACACUCCCAUCAUCUUUCCCUCUAGGAAUUCAAACUGUGGGACGGGACAUCUUUUUGUAAAGUUCUGGUUCCCGAUGUAAAGUUCUGUGGCUCAGCAGAGGAAGCAUGAACAACAAAUAAUGCUACAUGUCUUUUAAUGUCUCAGCAAGAACCUUUUUUGUUUAUUCAACAUCGCUGGAUAUACUCAACAUAUCUAUUAAAGCACACCAGAUAAACCCAUGGCACUGUGUAAAUAAACUUGCCCUCUGGUUCACUCCCACUGUGGUUACAACAACUUGUCUGCCCUCUUGCCUCUCGUCCCCUCUGCUCUCACACUGACUUCUGUAUAAUAACAAAGUGAUGGGUGCCCUCGUCAUGACACAGCUUUGUUAUGGACCUGCAAGUGAAGAGCUACUUGGAGAGCAAACACACAACAGACCUUUGUAAAAAUGCUCCCAGUCUGCAACACAUUAUUGCCCAAAGAAACAAGUUGGAAGAAGAAGAAAACUUCUGAUACUCUCUUCCAUGGUGGCGAAUGAUCUCCUGCCAGGACUGGGCUUCAGCUGGUGAGUUGUUGUGAAGUCCUUAUCCCCAGAGGCUGAGGUUAAACCUUUAUUUAAACAUGCACUGUACCUUAACAAGCUCUGUUACUACUUAAAUCUCCCUGUUUCUCUCAUCGUUCGUGUCCUAGUGAUAGCUAAAUUAUUUCAGACUCAAGAGUUCACACUCCCACCGUCAGUGUUUGCUUUAUUUUGUAACGCUGCUGAUUUUUUUAAAACAGUAACAGCCCUAUAAUAAUAAAAAAAAAAGAUUCAAGGGCUAUCAUGAGAGUCUAAACCUACAAAUCAGCCUGAAAACUGUACAGAUGUGUGUUUCUCUGUGUUGGUGCCAUGUUUACAAAACAAUUAUUUGAAAUAUUGGCACAAGGAUAUGUGAUUUGUGGACUGAAUUAUUGGCUGAACUGUGAAGCAUUGCUGCAAUUUUCUGGCUUAUUCUUUAGCACUGUGGGUAAAGCGAGGACUAAUGUGAAGUAUAAAUAUGUGUAAAAAUAUGUGUAAAUUACUUUUGUAAUGUUGGUUUGCAUCGAGCUCAUACACGCUCAAAGUCUGGCCUAGUUUGUAAUUAAUUAUUUGUUAUUUUAUGCUUUGUUUAAACCAGAAGUCAGAUCAUUUUUAUUGUUUGUUUGGUCUGGUUUUUGCGGUGAAAACUGGAGCUCCCUUGUUUAGACUGGAGAAGUUGUGAUGGAUGUUUAGACAGACACUAAUUAAAAGCUGAAAGUGUAUCUGCUGCUGCCACCCAGCUGACUUCACAGCUGUGAGUGUAGACUGUACUCACACCAGACUAUCCAUCCAUCCACCCUUAGCUAUACAAGUUUGUCCUCGAGGAUUGCGGGGGUCUGGAGCCAAUCCCAGUUGACAUUGGGCGAGAGUGCUGGACAGGUCGUUAGUCAGUCACAGGGCUGACACACAGCACAAAGCACAGGUGUAGCUGAUAACAGUAACCAUGGCUCUGUUCCAUUCAGGUGUGCCAGUAAGUCAUGUCAGUGAGCCAGCACGCAGAGUACCAGGGGCCUGACGCUGGAGCACAAACAGAAUGCAGCCCUAAUUAAUGUUAUUAGUCACACCUGUUUUGUCAGGCCAACGUCAGGCCUGUGAUUAGAGGUUAAUAAAAAUGAAUGCCCGGGAACAUGUUGCUUCUUUCAGUUAAAUGUUGAUGUAUAAAGUCCAAUGUAUAAUAAACCAAACAUGUUUUACUGUUUUCUUAACCAUGUACUUAUACAGUGAUUAUGAAAAUGUGUACUAUUCUGCAGACUUGCUUUUGUCAUAAAUACAGUUGUAAAAAUUA